ACAUGUAUGUAAAAGACGAUAUAUUGCAUAGUAAUAAAUCCACAUAUCACAUUAUUUGUAAAAGUCGAAAAUAUAAUAAUUGCAUGCUGAAUUAAAUGCGAUUACAAGGAUAAUAAGGAUUACAGCAAAUAAUUUAUUUCAUAGAUCACAUGUGCACAUAUUUUCUACAUUGUCAUAGAUCAAUACGACAUUGAAAUGAGAUUCAAUUAUAUCUGCCAUGACAGAUUACUAAUCUAUGAAAAACACAUGUGACCUAUAUCAGAACUUGGCAAAAUUUGCACAUUUUGCCCGACUUUCAGUUCGCUCCGUCUACCACUAUUCUUUUUAUAUUUUCUCCUGCAGCUUACAAACCACACGAAACUCAGUAACAUAUGACGCGUGAAAAAAAAAAGUGUCAAUCGUAGGUGACGCGAAAAGCUAUUGAAAACAAAUUCACGCAUCGUACGUUACUGAACCUCACGUCGCUUGUGGACUGCGCACGGGGAAAGACGUAAGAGCAAUACUGGUAGACAGAGCAAACUUAAAAUCAAGCGAAAUGUGCAGAUUUUGCCAAGCUUUGACCUACAAUGGUGUUAGUAUAGCAGUAGAUUUUAUUAUUGCCGCGCCGCGGCGCCUCACUGUAAUACCGACACCAUCGAAGUUCGGAAUCGUCUUCAGCAUCUCCUUGGCGACAGAAAGAAGAAAGCAAUAGAAAAAGAGAAAGAAGGAUUGAAAAAUGGGAUACAGAAUAUAUCAACAAAGAAUAGAGAAUAAAACAAAGUGUUGAAGGUACAGGAACGUGCAGAUAGCCUGACUAUUGUAUAAUGGAAUGCAGUCGUGAAUUCAAGAGCGCAUGCGUCCCCAAAUGCGUCAAGAGGUAAGAACAUUAUCAAACAAGGCUACGUAUCGGAAGUUCACUCGAGGAAAAAACGUUGCGUAAUUCGGCCUAGAACAUCAUCGAUCACAGAUUCGCAUGAACGCUCGUGUUUCGCGCUUUCGCUUUCGAAUGACGAUCUACUUGAAGACAAGUGACUUCAGGCCAAGAGCAAGCAGGUAUCUUCACAUAUUGGUUAGUCGGUCGUGUAUGUUCAAGUUCCGUUUGUACCCCUAAUCGGCGACACAAUGUUCGCGACGCCAUACUUGAACGCAAUUCAAAAAUUGCCGGGUGACACCGCCAAAGAAAAAUGGAAAUGGCUUUGGAAACUGAGCGAAGAUCAACAAAAUGCCAGCGGAGAUAUCGAUCAACUGUCGUCGGAGCUACAGCCGCUAUUGCACGUGAAUGUCGCCAUCAAGCAGAAGAUAUACGAGGACGUAGCGUCGGCCUUGAAAUCCGACGAUCUAACCGUAGUGCGACGCGCUCUCCAGGCCUCCUGGUUUUUCGACGGUAGCCACAAGGACGUCGUAAAUGUAGAAUACUUUUGCAAACAUAUCUUUCCGUAUGUCUCCAUGAACACGAGAAUGCAUAUCAUAAAGAAAUUCGCCCUUAAACUGAAGGAUCCACAGUUUGCGCAGCAAAUGUUCAUAGAAGUGGAACACAUUUUCGGCAUUCAGCAGGCCUUGCCGUUGAUCGUGAUGUGCGACGAGGAUUUCAUUUACCGUACAAUCGUGGAGAAGAGUAUCAAAUUGCCUAUGACGAUCGCUAAGAAAAUCUUCCGUAAGAACAUAGAUUUCAUGGUGCGCUACCUUAAUUCGCCCGAUAUCUGGAAAGGUUUUGUCAUGGACGAUCAUUUCCAAGUUGAUAUAAACGACUAUAAGAGCUUGUUGCCGACAUUGGUGAAGAAGCGACCGGCCGCUUUCGCAAAGAUCUACGAAAGAUAUUAUGGCAGGACAUCAUUGUACAUAAAACUGAGUAACACGUGCGUCAAUGCAUUCCUGAAGAAUGGAGUAGAGUAUCUGAUACGAAAGCCGUCCUUGUUUAUCAAUAGAUUGAUACCACUCGACAAGAUCCACGCGACGAUAAUUGAGAAGAUAAUUCCGAAUCUGCUGCCUGAGAAGAUCGACAAAUUCAGCGUGAACGCUGUGUUGGAGUAUUUGAAACAUUACCCGGAGAACAAGGCAUUCGAUCUUCUGUGUAGAUCUUACUGGGAAAAAUACAACUCUGACAUUCUGCAUACACCUCGAAAUGUGACGUCCAAAUUACUGAAAAUAAUGCCCGUUAAGGAGCGCAUCAAGCAUGCCAGGAUCAAGAUGAAGCAGGACGAACUGCGCGACGUCAAGGGCACUGACGUGACCGAGUAUGAGGAUGCCUGGAUCUGUUACCUGCCUACCGCGGAAUCGAUACCGUCUCUGAAAAAUUCGAUAAAGACGGCCACUACAACAAGGGAGAGACUGGGCUUGUUAUUGCGGAUGAUUUACACGUGCAAGGUGAACAACGACGAGGAAGCGUUCAUAGACUACCUUAAGUAUUUUCUAGACAGGCAUAAGAACGAAGAGAUAUGGGCGUUCGAUCAAAUGUUAGAUACCAUUGCCUCGCUCUAUAAAGUGUACAGCUUGAAUGAAAAUGUUUAUUCCGUCCUGAAUGACAUCGUAGUUACGUUUUAUGUAAAAUAUGGUUAUGUCUCGCGGGAUAUUCUCUUGGGUCUGAUCCAUUAUAGGCUUCAGCGCGACAUGCCGAUUGUAGAACAGAUUAAGAUGUUAAUAGACACGCUAAUGCAUGGGUAUCCACAGACCGUGAAGUUCCAGUAUAUAUUUCAAAAAAAUCCAGACUACGUAAGGCAGUGCAUCAGUGUUUGUAUGGAGGUCCUAGAAGAGAAGAACAAAACUGAGGAUUGGAAAAUACGCACGAAGAACUUGCUGCUCGAUCUUGUCUUUGCGAUAUACUAUCUCAACGAGGAAUACAAGAAAUCGCGCACAGAAGUCAAGUUUAUGACGGUCCGUGACUACCCGUGGCUGUUGCCUGCUCUAUUUGCAAAUACCCAGGUACUUGGUGAAUAUUAUUACAACAAGGACGUGGUCGAAUUGUUUCGCAAGUACGAGCCGGAAUUGUACAGUUUUUGGUUCGUGAAUAAAGAAGACAGAUAUAAAAACGACGUGGAGACGGGUGCGGUGAUGGGAACGCUGAAACGGGAUCCGCAAUCGAUAUUAGACAAUUGGAAGAUGUAUUUGUGUGCUUGCCAAGUACAUGAUCGCAGAAAGAACAUGCAUCGUUUCGUCAGAGCGAUACGUUGGUACAAGGACCUGCCUAUCCGGUUCCUGGAUUAUUGCCGAGAUAAGUGGCAGCAAAAUAAAAACCCAAGUUACUUGAUUAUUAUGACAUUGCUGAUUCGUGGAGACACUGCGGCGAAGUUGGUGGAACCUUUGAUACCCACGCAAGUAUAUUGUCCGAAAAGCCAUGCUGGGGAUCUCAGGGAAGACUACCUUCUUGUGAGAACUAUACCGCUGGUCAUGAAACUUGCCAAUCCGCUAGUAACUCCCGAACUUGUGGUCAGAUUAUGCGAAGCGAACAUGCCAGUAGCGUUGAUGGCGUUGAUGUACAUGUGUAAACGGUACCCAUUGCCGAAAGUGAUAUCGCUCGCGGAGAAUUUCUCGGACAAACGAGUCAGUAUUAUGAAGCACGGUAUCCGAAUAAUGUACCUAGUGGCAUCCUUGCAGCAACUUGAGGAUUUCAUCCCAUCCAUAUGGCAGAAAAUAAAACAUCAUUCGAUACGAACUGUUUUGCUGACGAUCGUCCAGAACUUGUUGCUCAAGGAUCCAAAUGACCAUAGUUGGUCCUUGUUCAAAAAGGUGAUCUCAAUGAUGAUCGUCGAGAAGAACUUGUCCUUGCUCCCAGAACUAAAUCCGAUUGACAUAUCUGACAUGUACACCAUGGAAUACAUCGAGUUAAUGCUCAACCUGAUAGACAGCAUGUUAGCGAACGGAGUGGAAAUCGAAAAAGUGCGCAAAUGCAUCAGCAGUAUAUUAGAAAUGUUGGCUCGACAAACUAAAACGGAUCUACCGAUUAGGUACGUCGAGAAGUUACUGCCCGAAUAUCUGUUUCACCAGAUCGAAAAUGUAGCAAGUGCAGCGACAAAAUUCGCCGUAAAUUUGUGUUUAUCACUUGCGCCUACCGAUCCGAUGUACAAAACUCGUAUGGAGAUUUUCUCCGACGUUUUCAAGGAAAAAGUACAGAGAAACUGGGGAAAGUGCCAUCAGAAGAAAAGUGAUUUUUAUCCGAUCAACUAUGCCGUCAGCGAGUUCAUCAAGAAUUUCGCAAUCACUGCUUCCCGCGAGAAAUGCUAUAUUUCGCGAAUCUCCGAAAUGAUAGAGCUCUUCUUAUCCGUCUUAACGCCUCAAAAGGAACCCCGUUCUUACUUGCUAUUAGUGUAUGCACAAGACUGGUUGACAAGUACGUCACUCGAACAAUACGGUCUGAAACUUAGUGCGAGAAUGCCUAACUUGAUUGAAACGUUUUCGCUCAUGUUUAUGCCCAACAUGAUCGAUAUUUUCAAGUAUCAUCUAUUCAGUACGGUGAAUAUGAAAAACUGGGAUAAAUUCAACAAUUUGAAGAUCGACUUUACGCUUGAUGUUGUGAAUGGUCUCAUCGAGACCGGCAACGUGGAAUCCUGUUUCAUGGCUGUGAAUUUGUUGGUAGAAUAUAUGCCAUGUCGCAACGUGAGAUACUGCGGACUUAUCGAAAAGCUCUUGAACAUGAAUCAUUCUGGUAUCACGAGUCUUUUAAACAAGCACAAAAACCAAGUUUCUUACCAUAAUGCUAAGUUCGAUAUUGACGACUGAGUAGGUACCGCAGGAACUAAAAGUAAAUACUCGCGAGUAAGUUUGAGUUGUAUUUAAUUCGUUAUAUUUUCGAUAGUGACCUUCGAUGACGCCAUAUGCUUCGCGACGACAUCGUGAGAUUGUUUAUUGCACAAUUAAACAACGAUUUCCCUGCGAACGUGAUUUCACACGUCGUGCACACGUGAAUUUAUUCCCACGCGGGUUUCCCCGCGAAAAAAAGGAAGAAGAAAAAAUCGACAGUCACAGGCAUCAAGUUCUCUCAUUUGCAGAGGCGACUUUCUGUUUUUCUCGAUGUGCAGAUACAUAGCUGAGGCGUUUAACACGCUAUUAGUGGUCUUCCGGAGGAAAUAAACACACGGCAAUAAAAGUUUAUAGUUAACGACUCGAGAAAGAUGAAAGAGCCACCUCUCUCACGUUAUAUUUAAGUUUCCAGAUCGCUAACCGCUGUAGAACCCGAGCUGGUCUCGCUGUAGAAACCGAUGUGUGCGAUAAACAUAACAAUGCAAUGUUAAUAAAACUUUUCCAAGCAGCUUGGACGGGGAUGUGA